UGUUCGUUGCAUAGGAACAAGAUUGUUGUUGCACAGGGUGUUUGGGAGACGUUGGUCUGCCGUAGUGCUAAUUAUUGAACGGAAUUAUAAUUAUAUUUCUUCAGUAGCUACAAUAAGAAUGUAUAUCAGUUCCCGGUUCAUGUCUACUGCUGUUCACUAAUACUAUAGCAGCAACGAGGCUGGGAAAGGCAAAAUAUUGUAAGUCGCAUCGUUUGGUUUAGUAAGCUAUCAUCUGCUAGCAUUAGCACACGAAUUGAGUUUGUCAGUCAGAAUGUGGUUCCUGCCGACAGUCACAAUCUUGCGUGAUUAAGUGUGAGUGAGUGAGUGUCGACCUGAAAGUAUCCCAAUGUAUUGCAAACCUCCAACAGUAGCGUUAGAUAGCCUUAUCAGUCAGUCAACCAGUUGAAGAAGUAACUUAGCUGGCGACUUCAGCCGCUGAGAGAGACAAGUAGGGUGCUAGCUGGCUUGUUAAGACUUCCGUGGCUCUCCGGAUAAUCCUCUGCAAGACCUCGGAAUCUUCAGAGGGAACAGCUGCGCUCAGCGAGCCUCGUUUCAUGCCGCCUCGUGCCCGCUAGGAUGGCCGGAGAUGCGAGCGAAGCACCGGAGCUCGACCUCGAGAAGUAUGAUGCGGAUGAGCACGUCAAGAUCAUCUGCCUUGGGGAUAGUGCUGUGGGAAAGUCGAAGUUGAUGGAGAGGUUCCUCAUGGAUGGAUAUCGACCACAGCAGCUGUCCACAUAUGCACUGACAUUGUACAAAUACACCACUACAGUCAACGGGAAAACUGUACUCGUAGACUUCUGGGACACGGCAGGACAGGAGCGAUUCCAGAGCAUGCACCCGUCAUACUACCACAAGGCCCACGCUUGUGUCAUGGUCUUUGAUGUCCAGAGGAAGAUCACCUACAGGAACCUGGCCAACUGGUACAAGGAGCUGCGGGAUUACCGGCCAGAGAUCCCCUGUCUGGUGGUGGCCAAUAAGAUAGAUGCUGACAUGAAGGUGACUCAGAGGAGUUUCAACUUUGCUAAGAAGCAGGGCCUGCCCUUCUACUUUGUCUCAGCAGCAGAUGGGACCAACGUGGUGAAGGUGUUCAAGGACGCCAUCCACCGUGCAGUAAACUACAAGCAGAACUCCAGCGACUUCAUGGACGAGGUCAUGAGGGAACUAGAGAGCUUUGAGCUGGACCAGGGGCCGAAUAAUCUGCAGAAAGAGGAGGAAGAGGAGGAUGAUGAGGACGAAGAACAGAAAGAAGAGAAGCCUGGCUCUGCGUGAUCUAUGGCCACACAGACACAGUCUCUCUUUCUCUCUCUCCGUCUCCCUCUCUCACACACACACACACACACACACACACACACACACACACACACACACACACACACACACACACACACACACAGUACUGUAUGGCAGGAGUGUGUGAAUAUUUUUUAUGAAUGUCGUUAGCACGAAUGGCUUGCUUUUGAAACCUUACCAUGAGGCAAGGUUGAGAAUGAGAAAUGUGUGUGUGUUUGUGGAUGUUACGAGAACAAACUGCAAUUAUGUCUUUUUAAAUGUGAAUUGUAUGAUAGAGAGGAUGGCAGGGAGUGUGUGUGUGUGUGUGUUUUAAACUGCGUCACACCCUUUUAUUCAAGGUACAAAAAGUGAAGUUGGGUGAGGUGCGUUUGUGUGUGUGUGUGCGUGUGCAUGUGCGUGUGUGCGUGCAUGUGUGUGAAUGAUAACCUCAUUUUAGCUUUUAACUGCAAUUUGUGAAGGAGGACGAGGCAUUAGAAAACAUGCGUGUGAUGUCUUAAAAGAACUGUGGCAGCUUUGAGUAUGUUUGUGUUUCUCAAAAGAGUGCAAAGAAAUUAUAUUUGAGCUACCCAAAUCAUUUAGACCAGUUCAGAUGUAUUCUAGAUUCAAUUAGUGUGUGUGUGUGUGUGUGUGUGUGUGUGUGUGUGUGUGUGUGUGUGUGUGUGUGUGUGUGUGUGUGUGUGUGUGUGUGUGUGUGUGUGUGUGUGUGUGUUCGUUCUACAUAAGUGCUGGAUCACGUUUGCAAGUAAGGUGCCUCCUGUGAGUGUAAGCGUGCUUAAAGCAGAUGUACUGUACCGUGAACGCUUUGUGCUGUGACAGUGUUGUACUAUCAUACACUAAGACAGUUGCCGUUUACAGCAAAGCCCUGUUAAGACAAUUUUUUUGAAAACACACACACACACACACACACACACACACACACACACACACACACA